UUUAGUUUAUAACUUCGACAUCCUGACGGUUACCGUAUACAAAUCUCGGUCAACUUUGAAGGUGAUGAGCGGAUUUUUCAAUAAUCCUGGCGUUUUUUAGUGCUUUCGAUGUUUCGCAGUGAAAGGAGGAUGUCAGUUCGUUUUUUUCCAAUUUAGUGUUUUCAUUUUGGCUUUCCUUCGUACAUUUUGUUCGAUAGAAAAAUUUUCAAGUGACUUUCGAUCAACUUCAAUACUUCUGAAAGCAUCCAUCAAUUUUUUCCUCCGCUGUCCCCUCUGACUGUCGCCCCCUGCAGGCCGCUGAUCCAUCUUUAGUUAGCAGGAAGUAGAAAACCAAACAAUCUAAAUCGUAGAAUGGUAGAAGGUGACAUCGACUUAAAAAAGAAGCAAGACUGUGAUGUAAAAGACCAAGGUGGAGUACCAAACGGCUGUGGAUCCAAGGAGUUAGAGCUCAAGAAGAUUGUCGGAGGAUCUCUGAAAAACCUACCGGAUGUCGAGAAGGGAGCAGUAGAAAAGGCUGACUUCGAAGAGGCAAUCGUCCUCACCGGAUAUGGCAGUUCUAUCCCUAGGUUCCACUACCUCCUGUUAGCAGUAUGCGGCUUCGUGAGCACCUCGGAGGAGAUGGACGUCAUCUCGAUGUCCUUCAUCCUGCCGUCAGCCCAGUGCGACUUAAAAUUGAACACCCACACCAAGGGCUGGCUCAAUUCCAUCAUUUUCAUUGGAAUGAUGGCAGGGGCCUACGUGUGGGGUUCGGUUGCAGACUCGCUAGGACGUAAGAAGGUGCUGAUUGCGAUCUCCUUCAUGAAUGGUCUCUGUAUCGUGGCAUCUAGUUUCACGCAGACCUUCGAGAUAUUCAUGAUAUUCAGAUUUCUAAAUGGGGCGGCAUUAGGGGGCAGCGGCCCAGUUAUAUGGUCUUAUUUCGCCGAGUUCCAGCCAAAAGUCAAGAGGGGCUCGAUGCUUUCCUCCAUGGCAGCGUUCUGGACUCUGGGAAACCUAUUCGUGGCAGGUCUGGCAUGGCUUGUCAUCCCCACAGAUAUUGGUUUCACUUCGGAAUCAUUCAAAUACAACUCGUGGAGGAUAUUCCUGUUGUUGUGUGCAUUUCCGUCGUUCGUGGUAGCUCUUCUUCUGUUCAUGUUGCCCGAAAGUCCCAAAUUCCUGCUGAUGAGAGGCCGGACAAAGGAAGCUCUCGAGGUGUUCCAGGGAAUUUACAAGAUGAAUACUGGAAAAUCCAAAGAGGAAUAUCCAGUGAAAGAGUUGAUGGUCGAAGCCACUACGGGCAGGUAUAGGAAUCCAGCGAAGAAGGCUAUCGAGGGAAAAUAUAAAAACAUGUUGCUGGACAUCAUGGAUAACAGUAGGCAGCUCUUCGUGUCCCCAAUACUGAGAUUCACCAUAAUCUCUAUCACCAUAAAUUUCACAUUCCACAUAGGGUACUAUGGUCUGAUGAUGUGGUUUCCAGAGCUGUUCAAUCGUUUCGACGAGUUUUCAAGGGUCCACCCUGGCCAAGACGCCACAGUCUGCCAAGUUACAGACUUUGUCGUCAACCAUGGAACGUUGAAAAAAGGCGGCCAAUGCAGCGACACUAUAGAAAGUGCAGUAUUCAUGGAAUCUUUAAUAACUGUAGCAGCAGCUAUUCCAAGUAAUAUUUUAGCUGUCUUAGGAAUGGACAGAUUUGGUAGGAAAUUCUUCUUAGUCUUUAGUACAUUGGCCUCUGGUAUAUGUGCAUCCUCCAUGUACUUCGUAUAUAACAAAACCCAAAAUCUGGUUGUAUCAGCAACAUUCAGCUCUGUUAUCUCAUGUGGAAAUGCAGCAUUGGACUGUUUGAUUACUGAAAUUUUUCCAACAAAUCUCAGGGCAACUGGCGUGGCCAUAUCAAUGGUAGCAGCUAGAUUAGGUGGCAUUAUCGGUAAUAUAGUCAUUGCCACACUCUUGGACUUGUAUUGUCCAGCUCCUACCUUCAUCGUGGCAGCGUUAUUGAUAGGAGGUGGUCUUUUAUGUCUGUUUCUACCAAAUACAACACGAGAACCGUUAUCUUAAAUUUAUUGUAAUUUUAAGUUGCGUUCAAUUCAGCGUGUCAUCUUACAUUUUAAGUAUUACUCACAUUUGUAGAUAUAAAUUCACAGAUAUAUUAUGUAUUUUUUAUCAUCAAACUAUAUUGAAUUUUGUAAGUAGUGGUCUUAUUUCAAUAAAAUAAAGGGAUAGUUUCCACUUGA